UCGCGCUCGGUCGCGAACCCAGCACGACAGCUCCGUUCCAUUCCGCCCGACCCGAUGAAGCUUCUCCCGCGCCUCUGCAUGGCUACCAGCAGUAGCAACGCCGCCGCGGGCGACAGCGACGCCAGCAGCAACAAGCUGGGAUCGGGCGCGUCCACCUCCUCCUCCACGGUCUCCACCUCCUCCUCCUCCGCCGCCGCGGCCGCGGUUUCCGAGGCGUCCUCGUCGUCCACGUCCCUUCCUUCGCUCUCCGCCGCGGCGUCGAAUGCCGCCUCCUUCGCCCACGUCGCCACGCUCCUCCCUCUGCCCGCGGCGGCGCCGGCCGCGGCUGCGGUCGCGGCGGUCGAUGCCUCGCAUGGUUUCGUCGUGGCCAGGCCGGCGUCAGUGGCCUUCCACGACCUCUGCACCCUGGAGGCGGCGUCCAGCUCCGACCCGGGCGACGACACCGCGGCCGCCGGCUCGGUCAAGUGCGUGGCGCACGUCCACGGUGGCAAGGCCGUGACGGGCCACCAGGACGGGAGGCUGCGGCUGUGGCGAGCCUCCUCGCGCGCGCCCCAACGGAUCCGCCUCGCCGCCGCGCUCCCCACGGUCUCCGACCGCCUCCGCCGGUUCCCGGUCCCGUCCAACCACGUCGCCGUCCGACGCCAUCACCGCCGGCUCUGGAUAGAGCAUGCCGACACCGUGUCCGGCGUCGCCGCGUCCGCGGACGGCCGCCUCCUCUUCUCCGUCUCCUGGGACAAGACGCUCAAGGUCUGGGCGAUCCCGUCGCUCCGCUGCUUGCAGUCGUUGCCGGCGCACGACGACGCCGUCAACGCGGUCGCCGUCGCGCCCGACGGCACGGUGUACACCGGCUCCGCCGACAGGCGCGUCCGUGUCUGGGCGCCAAGGCCCGCGUCCGAGUCCGACAAGACCACCAAACGUCAGAGCAAGAAGCCGGUCUACUACUUGUUGGCCACUCUCUCCCGCCACACGGCGGCGGUGAACGCCGUGGCCGUCGGGUGCGGCGGGCAGGUGCUGUACUCUGGCGGCAACGAUCGGUGCGUCGUGGUGUGGGAGCGGGAGGACAGCGCGAGCCACAUGGUCGCGAUCGGGGCGCUGCGGGGGCACCGGAAGGCGGUGCUCGCCGUCGCGUGCACGGGGGACGGGCUGGUUGUGAGCGGGUCGGCGGAUCACACGGUUCGGGCAUGGCGGCGCGAGACGGACAGACGGGGGCACACGUGCGUCGCCGUGAUCGACGGGCACGGCAGCGCUGUCCGUUCGGUGGCCGUGGCUCUCGUGCCGGGCAAGCAGCAGCUGCAGGCAGGAGGAGACGACCAUGACGACGGCGACGAGGAAUGGAGGGUGUGCAGCGCCAGCUUUGACGGCGAGGUGCGGGUCUGGUCAUUGCGGGUGACGACGGGUUUGUAGUAGGUUGGAUUUGCUGCGAUUUUUGACGUUGGAAAGUGUGUUUUCCUGAUUUUUGGUCUGAUCUUGAUAGUUGGAGAUAGAGAUACGUACGGUGCUAUCUGCCUGUACAUGCAGGGAAGAGGUAAUCUAUCGACCUGUAUAUUUGGACGCCAAAUUUGACAAAUUUGAUCUAUUGAGGCAAAAAAUUCACAAACUAAAUUAUUCACAAAAAACAAAAAAAAUCAUCCGGCUAACCGGUUUGUAUGGCGUCCGACGGAAAGGCGACACACUCCAUUGUGUAUUGUUGAAGACCUAGACGCCGCAUCUCCGGCCACGCUGGCACCUUCAGGGCCGACCCCAUCCUCAUAGUGUGGCGUUUAAGACGAGCAAUGCUACACAUACAUAAUUUAGAUGAAUUUUACAAAGAGGUGGAUUUUGAUUGGAGAUUAAGGGGAUGAGGGCCCCAUCCUCUUUGAAAAUCAGGGAGGAAUGGUUAGUUAGAAAAAAAAGAAUCAUAAUCAGCGUGUAACUUUAUGUAACUCUUUGUAUGUCUAGCAUUUUUGCGUCUAAGACAAAGGCGUCAUACUUGUAA